GGGAGUUUAUAGACUCAAUAAAGAUGGCAGGCAUCUAAAAAGCUAUAAUGCUGACGAUAGAAGUGCAAAAGGAGUUUUUUGUUUUGUGUCUUUAGAAUUUCCUCACAACGUCCCUAAUGAAAGUAAAAAAGAAAUCCCCCGUUAUUUUCUUCCUGAAGGAAUAUUCCUUUCGGAAGGUCUAGCUUUGUUUUACACCUAUAAUAUAAAACUCCAGUUUCCAUCUGCCUCUGUGGAGGUAGUUGAGCUAGUCUCUCAUGAUGACGAUUUAGAUGGUGUAGAAGACUUCCAAAUGAUCGAGAUGUAUUGGCUCAUGAAAAUCUGGUAUGAGCAGACAACGUGUACCAUGAACCGCCUUCACGCAAAUGAUAUUUACACAUGGAUCACUUUGGACAAACCAUAUUUUCAAGAUCUUAUUAUGCACAAGCCUCGUGUUUAUAUAGUGUUUUCUACCCUUGCUCGUAUGAACGCUAGAAUUCCUACAUCGUAUGUAACAGAAUUGAUGUAUUUGGGUGACAUUUUGGGGGAACUCAAAGACUCUUUUGGAUGGAAAGCAGAGACUUCAAACGGGUGCAUUCCUAAGGAGCAAACAGGUGGAUGCAAAGAUAUUCCUAAGGAGCAAACAAGUGGAUGCGAAGAUAUUCCUAAGGACGUUGAAAAGUGGGAUCUACAAGUUAUUAAAGUUUUUAGGAUCCGAACUGAACCUUGA